CUUGAGGUGACAGCGCCCGCAACUGCGACUCCAGCAGGAGGAAGGGAAGAUGGACAAGGGGAAGGCCGGGCGACGUCGAUCUUCAUCCGAAAUUGUCACAGAAGGAAAAAGGAAAAAGUCUUCAUCUUCUGAGUUACAUAAGAUAACAAAGAUGUUAAAUGCAAAAUCAGAGGAUGUUCGUGUUCAGUCACCACUGUCCAAACUCAGAAGCUCAGAACACUGGGAUUUCCCUUUGCAGGGGUGGCAAAGAAGCCUAAGAAAUAAGGUCCUCUCUCUAGACCAUAAAAGUAGAAAAAGUGUUCGUGGGCAUCCUGUCACCUCUAAGUCAUCACCAGAAAGGCAACUCAGAGUUGUGUUGACGAAUGUCCUAUGGACGGAUUUAGGACGAAAAUUCAGAAAGACCCUACCUAGAAACGAUGAUAAUUUAUGUGAUGCCAACAAGGUGCAAUCAGACUCAUUGCCUUCGACAUCUGUUGACAGCCUAGAGACAUGUCAAAAAUUAGAACCUCUUCACCAAAGCCUUAAUUUAUCUAAAAGGAUACCCAGAGUUAUAUUGACGAAUGUCCUGGGAACGGAGUUAGGAAGAAAAUACAUAAAGACCUCAUCUGUAACUAAGGCCAGUUUGGGUGAUACAGACAACUUGCAAUCAGAGCAGCUUUCUUCAUCAUCUGAUGGCAGCCUAGAAUCUUGUCAAAAUCUAAAUCCUCACAAGAGCUCCUUUUUAUCUGAAAGGUAUGUUUAG